ACCGAAACACACAUAAAGACCGAUGAUCAGUUAUAGCUGUAGAACGACAAGUGAUUGCGCGACCAUUCCAUCACUUUAGCCGCAGCUGUCUGUUACUACAUAUUUAUUCGGAUUCAUCUAUCCACGCUGCAAGGGAGCAUGCCGGAGCGUCAGUUUGUUUUUGUCCGUUGACCUGCCAAGAACGUGGGUUUGGUAAUAUUCCGGUUUUCUGUUUUCGGCGAUUCUGGUUCUUAGGUGAAAGUGUCGUUGUUGUAAAGUUCGGUGAAUAGAAGUUAGUGUAUAGUGUGUCUUGAAGAUCUGUCCAGAGGGUCACGAUGAGUGAUCAGAACAAUUCAGUUGAAGAGUCAGGUAGCAGCAGUUCAAGGUCCAGUUCCAACGAGGAUGCUGCCGUCGAAAGCAAUGGGAUUGGAAGACGUGCUCAACGCGAAUUCAAGGAGGAAAUGGUCAAAGACAUGGCCAUCGACAAAAUGCGGGAAAAGAUGGACGUCAUCGUCCAGAAGCUGGAGAAAGACGUAGAACGCAAGCUGGACCUACUGGUGGACGAUUUGGUCGGCGAGGUAAAGCUGUUCAACUUGAAAAACUACGAACUGCGUCAACUGUUUCGGGACUCGAACUCGUCGUUGGUGCACCGCACAAAGAGCGAAAACCGCAAACGACGCACCGAUGGGAAGCUACCGGACAAGGUGUUCAUGGCGAGGAAUUCACUGCUGACCGAUUUGUUCGAAGUGAAGCACAUCAAGACCAUUUAUCACAUCUUUCUGGUUAUCUUGAUAAUCAUGUUUUUGAACACCGUGGUGCACGACUUCGUCGACCGAGGCAGUAUAAAUCUAGGAUUCCGGCCAAUCGUAGCCGGAUUUGGCAAGUUCCACACCAGUCUAGCUUUGUGGGCUUGCAUGCAGAUAGCCGUACUCUGCGUCUACCCGAGCUUUAGCAUAUGGGUUCGAGUUCGAAAAAUAUUCACUAACUGUCAGAAAAGGAAAAUCUGGGAUCUUAGUGCCCUGUGUGGAGUAAUUCUGUUCCAGUGCGCCUUCGUCACCCUGACCAUCAAGGCCGUCCUACACUUAGAUCUUCCCCCGGCAUCGUCCGUCGCUGUGCUCAUGGAGAUGACCCGCUUCGUCAUGAAGGUGCACGCUUUUGUGCGAAGUAACACUCCACGUGCCCUCAAAUCGACCAACAAAAGUUCCUCCGAGGACAAACCACAGCACGCUCAAGCCGUUCCAUCAUUCGGGAAGUUCCUGUAUUUCCUGUUUGCUCCAACGCUCGUCUACCGUGACGAGUAUCCACGCACCAAACGGAUCCGUUGGUCCGUAGUCUUCCGCCACAUGCUGGAAGUUGUCGGAGUGAUCUUCUACAUCAGUUUCAUCUUCGAGCGGUUCUUGACGCCGCUCUUCGAUCGUUUCGGAGGUGCUGAGAUCAGUUCCGGAAAGUUUGUGCUGGCACUGUUCGGAAGUGUCAUGCCCGGAUCGUUGUCGUUCCUGUGCGGAUUCUAUUGCCUGUUGCACGCUUGGCACAACGCAAGUUCCGAAUUGUUACGCUUUGCGGAUCGGAUGUUCUACCGCGACUGGUGGAAUGCUUCAUCGUUUGCGGAAUACAUCCGAUCGUGGAAUGUGGUGGUGCACGAUUGGUUGUACACCUACAUCUACAAGGACUCGGUUGAGCAUGUGUUCAAGAACUGCCGUUCGCUGGCGACCGUUCUGGUGUUUACAACUUCGGCGGUGUUCCAUGAGGUAAUCCUCGCGUUCGCCUUCCGUUUCUUCUAUCCAGUAAUGUUCGUGCAGUUCGAGUUCAUGGGGCUGCUGUUGAUGUUCCUGACGAGGAACCUGAGCAAAGAUGCCGGGAAUAUCCUACUUUGGUUGAUGUUGUGUAUUGGAAACGGUAUCCAGCUGAGUCUGUACAAUAUGGAGUAUUACGCAAGGCGGAACUGUCCGGUUAGCGGAGAAUCGCUGGUCGACUAUAUGGUUCCGGUGUCGUGGUCGUGCCAUGGAAUCUCGCAUAAUCCAAACUGGACGUUUAGUGCCGUGGAAUACUGAUAGGGGUGUUUUUGACAGAUGAUAGUUUAUUUUGUUACUUAGAUAAGUGUCAGUGAUAUUUCAACAGAAAUUCUACAAUAUAUGUGCUACUUUUGUUGUUUAAGAGAGUAAUAAACACAAGACUGUUAAUUGUA